UGCCAGUGUUGCGAGAGCGCCGGAUCAGGGCUUAGUUGUUUUCCGCGCGAGAGAGCGAACGUGUGUGCGUGCGUGUGUGUGUGUGUGUUUUCGUUCACGAUCUCGAAUAUUUUUCACGUGUUAGAGAAAGUUGCGGGAUCCAUUAUACAUCGUGGGUGCAUGUGUGCGUGCGUGUGUGCUAGUGUGGGUGUGUGUUUCCCUCGAACGAGUGUUUUUGUUUAAAAACGAAAAAUUCGAGGGAAAAGGUUAAAAAAUAGUACGGGAAAACAACGGGGAAACAAAAAUGCCGCCAAAGAAACGGGACAAAGAGGUGGACGGGCAAAAAGCUCCGCGAAUGGAUCAGAUACAAGCGGAUCAUGAGCUCUUCCUGCAAGCUUUCGAAAAACCCACACAAAUAUACCGGUUUCUACGUACUAGAAAUCAAAUAUCGCCGAUAUUCCUGUACAGAAAUUUAUCGUACAUGCGACAAAGAAUGUCUCGGACUCACAAAUCCCGGCGCGGAUUCAGAAUCGAUACGAUCUUGGAGCGAUUAUUAUCGAAGAAUAACGAGGAACAAAAUAACGGUGUUCGUGGCUACAUGACUUUAACUUUUUUAGGUUUUUACGAUAAGAAAGUCGAAAGUUCUCAGGAUCCUGUGAAGGUUGAAACUUUGUUGUUAAAAAUUUGUCACAAAAAGCGGAAAGACGUGAGCUCGCCGAUUAUGCAGGUAUCCGUCGGUACAAGCGAAGUCCCGAUAAAUCCGUCGGAAAAUCAGCCACCCCCGAAAGCUCCGACUAUUUCGAUACCCAAUGAAUCUUUCAGCUUGAACAAUGGACACAUCGCUAAAACGUAUAUGCUCCUGUUGAGGGUUUAUUGCACAUCAAACAACGCCUGCCUUAUACAUAACUGUGAUUUAGAUGAACCAGCACAGAAAAGACGCAAGUCGUCAUCGGGUUCGAUGAAGCCGAACGGCGAAGAAGUAAAGCUGUAUGGCUCGGAAUUAAUCGUAUACGACAAACACAAUCGCUGUCUAUUGACGGACGGUGAUUAUGAAUUAGGUUUGCAGGAAGUACAAACGAACGUAAGGUCAAGUCCAAAAAAGCACAAUUCCUGGGAGACAAUUGCCGACAUAAAAGAGUGCGAACCGUUCGAGGUUUUGAGCAGGGGUCCCACUCUGAAAUUUCGACUUUGUUGGACGACCGAACCGAGUCUUGGUCUCGUCGAUCGACCAACCCUCCUGAGACCAUUACCUAAUGGUGACAAUAAAGAAAAUCGUCCGGGUAACACUGAACUUGAUCGAUGUUCGACGAAUCAUAACAACAACAACAACAAUAACAAUAACAACAACACGUCACUGCCAAAUUCUAGUCCGUUGACACCCUCGAAAAUGUCGGUGCCGGUCGAAAAGAUCGAGACAUCGGGUGGAACACAGCAAAUUGUAUAUCAAUUUUUGUACAAUAAUAAUAGCCGCCAACAGACCGAAGCAUGCGAGGAUCUUCACUGUCCUUGGUGCUCUUUGGAUUGCGGCAAGCUUUAUUCUCUACUCAAGCAUCUUAAAUUAUGUCAUUCUCGAUUCACCUUUACAUACGUGCCAAUUCCACAAGGGGCGAGAAUCGACGUAGCGAUAAACGAAUGUUACGAUGGUUCGUACGCGGGAAGUCCUCACGAAUUGAUAUCACAACCAUCCGGUGUUGCCUUUUCGAGAUCGGGACCGACCAGACGAACGAGCGUCACGAAUAUUCUCGUUUGUAGACCAAAAAGAACUAGGCCAAGUUUGUCCGAAUUUUUGGAACUCGACGAGAACGAAUUCGAGAGCCAACGACCUUACAUAACUGGUCAUAACCGGUUGUAUCACCAUACCGUGACGUGUUUGCCGAUCUAUCCAAAGGAAUUGGACAUCGAUUCGGAGGGCGAGAAUGACCCGAAGUGGUUACAGACCCGAACGAUGAUGAUGAUAGACGAUUUCACGGACGUGAACGAGGGUGAAAAGGAGUUGAUGAAGAUGUGGAAUUUGCACGUAAUGAAAUACGGCUACGUGGGUGAUUGUCAGAUUCCAUUGGCCUGUCAGAUGUUUUUGGAGACGAGGGGCAAAGAAUUGUUGAUGAAAAAUUUGUAUCGGAAUUUCGUGUUGCACAUGAGCAGCCUUUUCGAUUUUGGUCUGGUCAGUCCGGUAGUUUUGUACCAGACGAUACAAAAAUUGCAAGAAAUAAUGAAAGAGGCGGGCGAGGACAGUGACGUGCGGAAAAUACUGCAAAAAUCGCACGAGGCCCAGGUAGAAAAAUGGAUAACGACGGGAAUUCACGCAUCCAUGACAACGAGUAAACAAAGCGUAUCAGCGAGCGCUAAGACGAAUUUCAACAACGAGAUUUCCAACGGUAACGCCCGAAGAAAGACUUGUUUACCGAUCGGUUCGCCACCGAAUUCUCAGGGUGCCAAAAACAACGUGCAGCUUCACAAUUCGGUGAGCAAGCACGCAAGUAUGAUCGGCAAUUCGAAUAAAAUUUCUCCCCAUCCAUCGGCUAACCAUAUACCGGCGAAAGGUACAGUCAACAAUUUGACACCGAAAAACGCUGCUAACAGUUUACCGCCUAAAAGUACCGGAAGCAAUGUUAGCCCAAAAAUUGUAGGUAAUACAAAUCCACAAAAAGAAACGCUGCCGCGUCUUGAGCCAGUACGCCGAAAAAGUACUAAUUCGAUUGGCAAUGAGAGUUCUACCGCCCCACCGCCGCCUCCGCCGCUCCGUAGAAAAUCAAUGGCCACCGAAAACGUAAACGAAAUUCACAGACGAAAACUCGUACUCGAUUCACUACCCAAUCCUCCUCUAAAUUCCAAUCAAAAAAGUUCAAACGGCACCCUUCAUUAAGAAUUGUGUUCGUCGUUGAAAGAUCAUCCGGCGGCACGAUUUUUUCCACACCAUUUCUUUUAUUUCUUUUUUGUACAGUAUUUCUCGCCAAGUUAUCGCUAUUAAUGAUACUCGUCAUUUUUCCAAAUUAUUUUAUCCGAUUUCCAAAAGGUCACGUUUUUUUUUUUCAAUUUUCAUUUUACACCCAUGCCAUCAUUGGAAUUGACGAUAUUUACAUUGGAAUCAUCGACUAUUUUGCGAAUUCGUAAUUUUGUGUGAGAAAAUAUUUUUUUAGGGAAUAGCUAUUUUGUUUUUCAUUAGAAUUUUUCUACUCGUAUGGCUCAUUGUCAACGCUUCGGAUUCUCUGAGUUUUUUUAUUCGCGCGGGCGCUCCGCGUCUGCUCCUCUUUCAUAAACGAGAAAUCCAUUCGUUCGGUAAAUAAUCUUUCUCCUUUAUAAUUCGCCAAUCAAUGUAGUUACUCUAGUCAAAUAGGCCGCCUCAAUUUUUCCCCACUCUACCCAACUUCCCAACAAUAUCGGAGCCUCCCAAAAAUAAAAUGCAUCGGGUUUCGAAAGUGGUUUUUUCCGGCAUAAAAACCUCGCUUUCUUCUACGUCGAUUUUAGUUUGCCUCUUUCUGAGCUACUGCUCAUAAAUCAUUUCUCAAUCAAAUUUUUCAUAAAUCAUUUAAAAACAACCCUUUUUCGAUGCAUUCGAAUGAAACGUAUUCAUUUCAAAUUCUUGAUCAAAUCAAAUAUUGAACAAAAUUUAUCAUUCAUAGCGGAUAAAAAGAUAUUUCCUCAAUUGAUAGACAAAGAAAGAGAGUGAAAGAGUGCCUUCGUCAAACUGGAGGGUCUGUUGAUGAGAGGGACAGUCGGCAAUCUCCGAACCGCGAGAAGGAUCGAACGAAUUAUUUUAUUAUUAUUAUUAUUAUUAUUAUUAUUAUUAUUAUUAUAUUUGCGAACGAAAUCGUCGGGUGAUUAGUUCGCUAAAGUUGAGUGAAAAAGCAUAUAAAUUAAGUAAUUUUUGGUCUCAUUGUGGACCAUCGUUCUCCCAAACACUUGAUUCGGGAAAAAUAAGGUAAAAUUUUUCGUUCGGCAACGCUAUGUGUAUAAAUUUCAUGUAUAACUACGAAUACUGCCGUAGAUAGUUCAAACGAACCCGAACUCUUGCAUUUAUCAAUUAAACAAAUGUUUGUUUAGGUUAUUGUAUUGUAUUUUUGUUUUUUCGAACUAUUGACAAAACAUUUCUCACGACGACCAUCGACCAUUGAUCGCCAUUCUAUAUUAUUCGUUUACUAUUAGGAUGUAAAUAGCAAAAUGGAAUAUUCAAUAAAAUCUGUGGACACUAAAAAAA